GUCCGGGCUCAAAGUGCCGGGGUGGGAGGGGAGCCUGAGAGCGGGAUCCCGAGCCGCUGAGCGCGCUGCCCACCGCUCCGCCGCCGAUGACUCGGGAGCUCGGGUCCAAGCGCCGCCCAUGCAGAAUCACUGCGCUCCACCGACCCGGAGUUGAUGAAAAAACACUUAGCCGUCUCCGCUGCGGGGAGCCAUGAGCUGUCUGGAUGUUAUGUACCAAGUCUAUGGUCCUCCCCAGCCUUACUUUGCAGCCGCCUACACCCCCUACCACCAGAAACUAGCCUAUUACUCCAAGAUGCAGGAAGCGCAAGAGUGCAACGCCAGCCCCAGCAACAGCACGGGCAGCGGCAGCUCCUUCUCCAGCCAAACUCCAGCCAGUAUCAAAGAGGAAGAAGGCAGCCCAGAGAAAGAGCGCCCACCAGAGGCAGAGUACAUCAACUCCCGCUGCGUCCUCUUUACCUAUUUCCAGGGGGACAUCAGCUCUGUGGUGGAUGAGCACUUCAGUAGGGCCUUGAGCCAGCCUAGCAGCUAUUCCCCAAGCUGUACAAGCAGCAAAGCACCCAGGAGCUCCGGGCCCUGGCGGGACGCCUCCUUCCCGAUGAGCCAGCGCAGCUUCCCCGCCUCCUUCUGGAACAGCGCGUACCAGGCACCGGUGCCCGCGCCUCUGGGCAGCCCGCUGGCCGCCGCGCACUCGGAGCUGCCCUUCGCUGCCGCCGACCCCUACUCGCCGGCCGCGCUGCACAGCCACCUGCACCAGGGCGCGGCCGAGCCCUGGCACCACGCGCACCCGCACCACGCGCACCCACACCACCCCUACGCGCUGGGCAGCGCCCUCGGCGCCCAGGCCGCCCCCUACCCGCGGCCUGCCGCCGUGCACGAGGUCUACGCGCCGCACUUCGACCCGCGCUACGGGCCGCUGCUGAUGCCCGCAGCCUCCGGGCGCCCGGCCCGCCUCGCGCCCGCCCCGGCGCCCGCGCCGGGCAGCCCGCCCUGCGAGCUCUCCGCCAAGGGCGAGCCCACCGGCGCCGCGUGGGCCGCGCCCGGGGGACCCUUCGCCAGCCCCGCGGGGGAUGUGGCCCAGGGUCUGGGACUCAGCGUGGACUCAGCUCGUCGUUAUUCCCUCUGUGGUGCAUCCCUCCUGAGCUGA